AAAAAAAAAAAUUGGUAUGCAAUUUCUUUUCUAUCUUGUUAAGAAAAGAGCUCCACUUGUUUCUCUGCAAAUCCGCCUCUCUCUCUUCUCUCUCUGGGCACCAAAGUGGUCUGCAAUUUUCUGGCUUUCAAAUCUCUUUCGCCAUUUCCGGUCUACAGUUUUCUUCCGUUUUCUCUCUCUCUCUCUACUACUCGGAUCUUCUUCCAUCUGUAUCUCGGAAAUGGAUAAUCCAUCCGAGGAUUCCUCGGAACAACCAAAUCAACCAAAAACAGAAUCAAAUGGGAAUGAUGACCAGCAAGUCUACUUCGUUCCCUACAGGUGGUGGAAGGAGGCACAAGACUCAACAUUAACUGAUGGGAAAAAGGGGACUUUAUACACAGCGGCACCUGCUCCGUCUUAUGGGGGGCCGAUGAAGUUAAUUAACAAUAUUUUCAAUUCAGAUGUUUCUUUUAAUUUAAAGAGAGGGGACGAUUCUUCAUCCCAAACCUGUGACAAUGGAGAAGUUGGGAUAUCCGGCCGUGAUUAUGCCUUGGUCCCUGGUGACAUGUGGAUUCAGGCGCUCAAGUGGCACAGUGACUCUAAAACUUCAGAAAAGAACGGCAAAUGUUUUUCAGCCACAGAUGAUAUGACAGAUGUGUGUCCCUUACUGUUGAGACUUGCUUGUUUGCAAGAUGGCAGCUCAUUGGGAGUUAAGAUAAGCAAAAAGGACAAUGCAGCCGAGUCUUAUAAAAGAGCCUGUAAAAUUUUUGUCUUUGAGACAGAUCCAAUGCGGAUAUGGGACUUUUCCGGGCAGACUGCUUUGUUUUUCACAAAUGGCAAAUACCCAAAGGACUCACCAAGACUGUUGGAGCAAGAUAUGCUCCUAGAGUUGCAAGUCUAUGGCUUAUCUGACUCUGUCAGAAUCCGAACUAAGAAAAAUGAAAUGGGUACACAGUAUUCUAGCGGAACUUCAUAUCUGAUGAAUGGUAGUACCAGCAGUUUCACAUCUAGUCUCAUACGAAGCCCAUGCGAAACUGGAAUAUUGGGCUUGACUGGAUUGCAAAACCUAGGGAACACCUGUUUCAUGAACAGUGCUCUCCAAUGCCUUGCACACACACCAAAGCUUGUUGAUUACUUUCUUGGUGAUUAUAAAGCAGAAAUAAAUUUCGACAACCCAUUGGGGUGAGAUUGCAUCAGCAUUUGGAGAUCUUCUGAAGCAAUUAUGGGCUCCUGGAGCAACUCCUGUGUCACCAAGAACAUUCAAACUAAAACUUUCUCAUUUCGCUCCUCAGUUUAGUGGUUUUAGCCAACACGAUUCUCAGGAGCUCCUUGCUUUCCUGUUGGAUGGACUUCAUGAAGAUUUGAACCGUGUGAAGUGCAAACCAUAUGUUGAAGCUAAAGAUGGAGAUGGUCGUCCAGAUGAAGAAGUAGCUGAUGAAUAUUGGAAGAAUCACCGGGCUCGUAAUGAUUCCAUAAUUGUUGAUGUAUGCCAGGGUCAAUAUCGCUCGAAAUUAGUCUGUCCUGAUUGCUCUAAGGUCUCCAUCACUUUUGAUCCAUUCAUGUAUUUAUCACUCCCUCUACCAUCAACCUCAAUGCGGUCCAUGACUAUAUCCAUUAUGAAAGGUGAUGGCGAUAUCCAUCCAUCUGUGGUUACAGUUAAUGUCCCCAAGGAUGGGAAAUAUUCUGACCUUAUUCACAGUUUGAGCACUGCAUGCUCCUUAGGGGCUGACGAGACAUUUUUGGUAGCUGAGGUUUACAACAGUCGUAUUUUGCGCUUUCUUGGGGAGUCAUCAUCUGAUUCAUUAUCCUUAAUCAGAGAUGGUGAUCGGCUUGUUGCUUAUCGUAUGCUGAAGAGCAGCGGAGAAGCCCCCUUGGUUGUGUUUACUCAUCAACAGACUGAGGAACAUUAUUAUUCUGGUAAGCGCACAUCAAGUUGGAAGCCAUUUGGUAUUCCAUUUGUUGCAACUUGUAAUGUUGAAAACGGAUUCGACCUCCGCAGCCUGUACCUAAAAUUACUUCUUCCUAACAAAGCUGUCAAUGAAGAUGUUGCUGGGAAAAGUGAUACAGUUGAAAUUGGUUCUGCUGAAGUAAUUACUGAAAUGGAAGUCAGCAGUCCGCCUAGAGUAGUAGGUUUUUCAGAUAAUUCUGAUGAUGAAUCUGUUGAUGCAAACCUGGACAGCGAUUUUAUGUUUCAUUUAACUGAUGAUAGAGCAAUGAUCAGCAAGUCUGUGCUUGUGAUGGACGAGCCCCUAACUUUCACAGAGUUGCCUCGACGGGUUAAUGUGCUGGUGCGGUGGCCAGAUAAAAUGCUUGACCGGUACAAUACAGGUGCUUUUGACUCAUUACCAGAAAUAUUCAAGCCCACUUUUUUCACAAGAAGACCACAAGAGUCUAUCUCUCUCUAUAAAUGCCUUGAGGCAUUUUUGAAGGAAGAGCCUCUAGGGCCAGAAGACAUGUGCAGUUAGUCCAUGCAAUUUUGGACGCGAUUUUCACUACGGGUCAUCCGGAAACAAUCUUUCUGUGCUUUAGUACAGGGGUAAGACUGCGUACAUCCGACCCCCCUUACCCCACCGUAGGUGGGAGCCUUUGCGGCACUGGGGUAAAUGAAAAUGAUGAUGAAAAUGAUGAUUAUUACCUAUUUUAGGGUACGUUACCUAUUUUAUCAGUCUUGCAAUGUAAAUCAGAUAGAUCAAUCGAUAUCCCAUUGCACUAGAUUUGACCAUUAAACCAUCAUGGUAGUUGAGUAAUAACAAUAUUGAUGGUACAGAUGUUCACCAUAAUGACAAGUCUUUCCUAGUUUGUAUAACUGCAUUCAUUUACACGCUUAUUACUGGCUUAUACAGACGUUCUGACUUCUGAUAUUAUCUCCACAUUGUAACUUGUAAGACAUUUCUGUUAUUCAGUUGAAAUAUUCUACAAAAUCUUCUUACUAUGUUUUAUGUUUUUAUUGCAUAAGGUAUUGUCCUGUGUGCAAAGAGCACCGCCAAGCUUCUAAGAAGUUGGACCUUUGGAGGUUACCAGAGAUUCUGGUCAUUCAUUUGAAGAGAUUCUCGUUUAACCGUUUUCUCAAGAAUAAGUUAGAGACAUUUGUUGAUUUCCCCAUCCAUGAUCUUGAAUUGUCUUCAUAUAUUGCCAACAAGGGGGGGCACUCUUCUUUUCGCUAUAUGCUUUAUGCAAUUAGCAAUCAUUAUGGAAGCAUGGGAGGUGGACACUACACUGCAUUUGUUCGUCAAGGGGGUGAUCAAUGGUAUGACUUUGACGACAGCUAUGUCUCACCCAUCAAUGCGGACAAGAUAAAAACAUCAGCUGCUUAUGUUCUUUUCUAUAGAAGAGUACAAGAAAAAGCCAUUUAGAAGGGGAUGAUGAACAAAACUAUUUAUACACUGGGUGGUAGGGUCUUGAAGAGAAGAAUCCACAUUACUGCUGUUGCUGUUGUUUCGUGGCACAUAACUAGCAAUUUUGGGGCCAUUACAUAAUUUUCACUUUUUAGGAUGCUGAUUAAGGAUAACUUAAAAGGGCUGAUUAGGGAAAUAUUAUUAAUCAAGGGCAGCGUAAAGGAGGUUCACAUAAAACGCCAGCGUCUUACAUAUAUACCAUUUUUAUUUAUUUAUAGAAGGCACAAGUUUUGCUUCAUUACCAGCUAACAGAAUAGAGGAGGUAGUUUGAAAUAGAUUGGUCAAUGCAGCUGUAAAAUAGUAUUAUCUGAAAUAAUUUAUAGUAAUUUCAUUUUAAUUAUUAUAUUUCUCUUAAAUUUUAGGCUUUUCCUUCUCAUUAUAGUCUCCACAGAGUGCAUGUUUGAAGUGUUCCUUUGAAGCCGUGGUGACUGUUUUUGUACAUUGCCUUCAUAUUGUUUUGCACGAUUGUCUAGUGUAAACUUGACUAAUUACCAAGUAAAAAUUUCAUUUUGUUGAA